AUGUGUGUCACCAAUUCGGCACAACUAUUUUUUUCUAACCUCCCUUCUUCAAUCUCACUUGAUGAAGAUAUUAAAGAAUACAUCGCGAAUGUAUUAACCGAUAUCGAGGAUUUCGCUUCUUUGAGGGACGCCACAGAACAAUUCUUGAUUGAUGCAGGAACUAGUGACGAGGAAUUGGAAAGUUUUUAUUUAAAGCUAUCCGCGGAAUGGAAGGAAGACAAGCCUAGUGUUUCGGUAAGAGAUCUAGUUGAGAGAUUGCCAUCCGAGAUGCAGACAAAGGUUAAUUUAUCGACCACGUCCAAGUCGGGUAACACAAGCAAAAAGUCUAACGAAAAGACGACAGAGUCUUCUCCAACAAACCCGACAUCGACCGCUCAUACUAUCAGCUCAUCUUCGUCACCACUGAAGAGCGAUGUUGUUGAAAUAGUGGCCUACUCACAACAAUCGAGAUUUCACACAGAAACUUUAGAAACUUUGUCGAAGGAGGCGAGUCACAGAUUGCAUUCUUUUAGAUACGUUCAAUUAGUUGACCUGAAAGAUGUCAAUAUCACGGUUGGUCACCAAGAGUUGUUGGUGGACUCGCGACUACAAUUGAAAGCCGGAGUUCAUUAUGGAUUGAUCGGCCGUAACGGUGUUGGCAAAUCCACACUUUUAAGAUGUAUGGGAACUCGGGAAUUGAUCGGAUUUCCAAAGAAUGUUCGAGUGCUCUAUAUCGAGCAGUUGGAACACAUCGAUGAGUCCCUAAGAGUCAUUGAUUUGGUUUUACAGGCUGACGAAGAACGAACCAUGCUCCUACAAGAGAAACAGAUCCUUCAGCAAGCGGCCGAAGGUGACGUCAUGGAUGCCGAAAAUGCGGUGAAAAAAGUUACAUUUGAAAGACUAACGAAAGAAUUGAAAGAUGCAGAAAAACUUGCAAUUCAGAGGAGUGGUAGGAGAGGUCUCGAAGCGAGGCAAGAAUUGUUGGAUGCUGAAGCCAGGGUUUUGGAGGCCAAGAGAGCGCUGGAUGAAAAACACGAAGAUCCAAAUGAGGAUUAUACGGCAAAAUUGCAUGUGCUUCUUGAAGAAGUUUAUACAAAACUUGACCAGAUUGAUGCAGAUUCAGCCGAACCAAGAGCACGAGAGAUUUUAUCGGGAUUGGGGUUCUCUGAGAAACAGCAAUAUUCUCCCGUCGCUUCUUUGUCUUCACUCUCUGGUGGGUGGAGAAUGAGAGUGGCAUUGGCUCAAGCAUUAUUUUUGGAACCGGACAUCCUGCUUCUUGAUGAACCAACAAAUCAUCUAGACUUACCGGCCAUCCUUUGGCUUCAAUCCUACCUCAACACCUUGAUCGAUACCACGAUGGUAAUAGUUUCCCAUGACCGACGAUUCUUAAAUAACACGGUCACAGAAAUAAUUAGGUUCAAGGAUCAAAAAUUGACGUACCAUACUGGAAACUAUGAUGAGUUCGAGAAGAAUUUAGAGGAUCUGAGGCUGAAAAAGGAGAGGAUGUAUGAGGCACAGGAAAAACAGAAGAAGCAUAUUGAAAUUAGUAUACAGAAAGGGAUGAAGAAAGCUAAAGAGAGUGGAGAUGAUAAGAGAUUAGAGGUGGUCGCUAGUAAGAAAAAGAAACUCGAAAGGUUUGGAAUGAAUAAAAGUGAAGAUGGAUUCCGGUUCAAACUAAAUAAACACCUUGUAGGAUAUUAUACCACGGUCCGUGCGGAGAUUGCGCUGGAAGCUCCUGAAUCCUUGAUUAAUUGGAAUAUCCCACCUCCGCAACCACUCAGACAUCAGGGACCCCUGCUUCAACUUGAUGGUGUAUAUUUUACGUAUCCAAAUUCUUCCAAGCAGAUAUUGCGUAAUGUCUCUUUGAGCAUUUCACCGAAUUCGAGGAUUGGAUUUGUGGGCGCGAAUGGUGAUGGUAAAUCUACGCUACUGGGCUUACUGGCCGGAACGUUAGAACCAACCAGAGGAAUGGUCAAUCGACAUCCACAGAUGAAAUUUGGAUAUUUCAACCAAAACCACGUAAAUUCUCUAAACCUUGAAAUCUCUGCAAUAGCGUAUAUGAAGCAGUACUUUUCCGAAAAGUCGAAUUCGCCGACGACUGCUCUGAAUGUAAAUGAUCAGACGGUACGCCAACAUCUAGGAAAGUUUGGAAUCUCGGGUGAUGUUGCAUUGAAGAAACUUAAGUAUCUUUCGGGAGGGCAAAAAUCUAGAGUUGCAUUCGCGUUACAGGUGUUUCCCACGUCACCGAAUUUAUUGAUAUUAGAUGAAAUCACUAAUCACCUGGACAUGGCCACCAACGAGGCCAUAGCUAGGAUCUUAGGGGAGUUUGAAGGAGCGGUGGUAACGGUGAGCCACGACAGAUGGUUCAUGGAGAAUGUAGCAAAUGAAGUUUACGUCGUGAAGAAGGGUAACGUGAAAUUAUUGGAGGGUGGAAUAGACGAUUACGUCACAGAUAUUGCGAAAGAGAUUGGGGUUGACAUCGAGGAUUUUAGUUAA